AUGAAGCGCUCCAAGAUGUUGCACUUGGGUGGUCCACAACUGCAGAAAGUUUUUAGAAGCCUGGAUGGGACUGAAGAUUUUCCAUUAGUGCUGUUGGAGAAGCCUUUUUAUGACAUAGCCGUUGAACGGUUGGAUUUGUACUUCAAACCUCGCAAUCAGGAUGUGCUAGAGAGGCAUAAAUUACGCAACAUGAAACAGGGAUCGAAUGAAAGAUUUUCACACUUUUUGCUACGUUUACGUCAACAGUUGUCAGAUUGCGGUUUUGAGAAGUAUGCAAAGGAAGUCAAAAACGUUCUUGAAGAAAUUAUGCUCGUCGAUGUUAUUGUCGAAGGGUGUAAUUCCCAGGAACUGCGAAGGAAAAUUUUGGAGAAGGAUCAGUCCUUGCGGGAAAUCGAAUCUCUCGGGGAAUCAUUAGAAAGCGUUCGCUUGCAGGAAAAAGAGCUGAAAAGUGGCAAUGAAGGUGGUCAAUCGGAGGUCUUCAAAAUCCAGAAGUUAGAGCCCCGUGCAGGAUUGAAAACGCGGAGUGAACGCAAGCAGGAUAGGAUUGUGCGCCGAUUUUCAGGAGGAAGAUUUUUGGAAAGGAAUGAGGCAGAUAUCAUUUGCUUUGCCUGUGGUCAAUACGGUCACAUGUCAAAGACUCCAUCCUGUCCUGCGAGAGGCAAAACUUGCCGAAGAUGCCAGAAAUCAGGACACUUCGAGAAAGUCUGUCGGAAAAGGCCAUCUGAUUCUCAAGUUACGCAGUAUACGAGAAAAGUGCAUUCGGUAGAAGAUAACGAUGCUACACCGGAACUUCCGGUUUCGUCCGGCGAUUCGGAAAAGAAGGUGUAUUACACCUUCUAUACAGGCAACGAUACAAAUUCCUUCGAAUGUAAGAUAGGAGGAAUUUCGACAGCAGUGUUUAUUGAUUCUGGCUCUGAAGUAAAUCUAAUCACAGUGAACACAUGGGAGAUGCUUAAAGCACAGCAAGUAAUCGUGUCAAAUUGUACAAAAGGCAGCAACAAAGUUCUCAAAGCGUAUGGAUGUAAUGAGCCUUUGCGUAUCGUGGGGACAUUCGAAGCUUCAGUGGAAAUCGAUAAUCGUUCAACAGAGGCAGAAUUUAUUGUGACCGAAGAAGGACAGAGAAACCUGCUGGGGGAUUCCACCUCCAAGCAACUUGGAAUUCUCAAAAUAGGCUUGGAGAUUAAUCAAGUUAACAAGGAUUGGAAGCUGGUGCCGUUUUCCAAGAUAGCUGGUAUCCAAGUUCGCAUUCAGAUGGACCCAACUGUGACUCCUGUUUACCAGCCGUUACGACGGGUACCGAUUCCUCUUGAAAGUGCUGUAAACGAAAAAUUAGAUGAGCUGUUGGCAAGGGAUAUAAUCGAAGUAAAACGUGGACCGGUAUCAUGGGUUUCUCCGCUUGUAGUAGCAAACAAAGCCAACGGUCAAAUUCGAUUGUGUGUGGAUCUCAGACGAGUUAAUCAAGCGGUAAUCCGCGAUCGUCACCCGAUGCCUGUGAUUGACGAUGUGCUCACUAAGAUUGGGAAAGGAAACGUGUGGAGUGUUCUCGAUGUGAAGGACGCCUUCUUCCAGCUGGAACUGGAGGAAGAAUCUCGAGAUGCCACAGUCUUUAUCACUCAUCGUGGCCUUUAUCGGUUCAAACGCCUCCCGUUCGGUCUGGUAUCUGCGCCAGAAAUUUUUCAGCGUACCAUGGACGAGAUUCUGGUGGAUUGCGAGGGUGCAUACUGGUACCUUGACGAUGUAGGAGUUGAAGGCAAGACGUUGGAUGAACACGAUAAACGAUUGAAUGAGGUAUCUUGUAACGAUGUGGGUUAA